GUCAAACUCAAUUGAAUUUGUAUCUGUUUAUUUAUUGCAUUUAUUAUCUUCUUCAGGAAUUUUUAAUUUCAACCGCCUCAAGUUGUAUCAUUAAUUAUGCCAGAAAUACUUACUAUUAUUCCACCUUUAAGUUUGACCAACGAAAAUUUAAGUGAAACGGACGGAGUCUCUACUGAUCGCUCAAUCACCUCCAUUAAUGGAAUUCCGAGUACUAGCAGAGAGCAUAUAGUGGCGAAUUCAAUCAGAUGUGAGAAAAAUCCAAUGCAUAAUGGAAGGAUUAAAAAGACACGUAAAUUCAAUAGUCGGCGAAGUCAGAAAAAAGUGGCUUUGAAAGUUGGUUUGCCCCAAAAGAGCGCCACUGCGCUUUCCGUGAAAUCUCAAAUUCCUCGUGCCCCGUUACGAAAACCGUCCGCCUCACUUAAAACCCACGCCUUUAGAACAUUAUCACCAAAGCCAAAGGAUAAUGUAGAAAUCUCUGAAUGCAAGCCCACAAAAGAAGCGACAAUAUCCAAACCUGAAGUGCAGCCAUUGACCUCGACGAAUUUGGUGCAACUGCAGCAGUGCAGAAAUCAUAUUUCUCAAAAACUGGAACUUGCAACAACAUCAAACUUAUCCACAACCCAAUUAUCUUUGCGGCGCCAAAAUACAGCAGCCAUUUUGAAUUUUCGUAUCCGUAAGUCGAUUACGCAAAUGGAUUUAAAGCGAACCUGUCGAGACAAUAACAUUAAUUAUCCGAUAUUGACUUCGUCACAAUCACAAUCGCUGGGUGGACACUCAACAAAUCCCAGUGCUUUGAUGCCGAGUAGAACAUCUCAUAUAGCUGGCAUAAUGGGAGCAUCCAGCCAAUCCUCGUUGGUAAACAAGAUGUUCGAUCAAAGCAAUUAUUAUUAUGUAAUUCAGGAUCGCGACCCAAAGGUGGCCGGAAUGCGUAUUUUUGCAACAGUCAUGUUAAAUGCAUGGCGAAAACGGCGAGACGAAGUAAAACGCCUUAUGGAGGAGGUAAACAACCUAAAACGUGGUUCAAUUAAAGCAAAGAACCAACUGCAUGUGUUCAACACCCUCUUUCGAGUUGAGCAAAAACGUAAUGAUGAACUCAGUGUUCAGCUCAAGCGGUCUUUAGAAGAUAUAAACAACACAAAAUCUUCUUGCGAGAGUCUUACCACUUCACUAAUUAGCUUAAAGGCUGACAGAUCACUACUUGAACAGCAGAUCCAAAUUAAAGAACAAGAAUUCGAUGGUCUCAAUGCAAUACUCUCUCAGACAAAGUCGGACCUAUUUAAGGCAAUGGCUCUACAACGGGAGCUGCAGGCAAAUUUAUCCAGUGAGCAACGUAAAGUUCAAGCCUUAGAAGCACAGAAGAAGGAACUUAUUAAUGAAAUUUGCGAAGUAAACAAUGAAUCUUUGCAAAGGGAAGAAAAGUUGGCUAACGAAAUUAGGGAUAAAAACAAUGCUCUAACCGCUGCGCUCACUAAGCUGGAGUCGUUUGAAUGGGAAAUGAAUGAAUUGAAAAAGAAAACACUGGUGUUGGACAGUUGCUUGGAAGAGGAGUCACAAUUGCGGAAAGAAGUUGCAAAUCUGUCCCGUGAGGUAGAAACUUUGCAACAAUGUUUGGCAGCCACUUUGGGUAAUCGUUUACGUGCCUACUGGAACAAUUCUAUUGCUUAUCAGCGUGCCACGUUGCAUCUGGUACAUUGGAUCGCUUAUUGUACGCUACCAGCAACACCACCACCGAAGAUUACAGCAUUUCCGUUUGGUCUUACUCUCGAAAAGGCGCUAAAUAUUGUUAAACGUUAGCAACGAUUUGAUAGCAUCGCCGGCACUUCUUUGACUACUCAGUUGUAUCGAAACAGUACGGCUUUUUGUUUUACUUUUAAUUGAUAUUCUUUAAUUUAUUUUAUCAUUUUAUAUAUUUGGUUUUGAAUUGAGCGAAAGAAACUGCAUAUGUGUACAUGUACGUAUAGCAAAAUGUAUUCCAAUCUUGCACUUAUUUACACGUACUAUAUAAAAACUUCAGAUAAAACAAAUAAAUAAUAUUAUUGAGUUAA